GUUUCAAAUAUAGCAAAGAUGAUUCCAUCAUCCAUGCGCCGCUAGGUGUCAUUACACCACUUAUCCACCUUGUAUAUUUAUAUAGUGCCAGAAAACAAAACCCUAACCCUGUUUCAAAUCUUUGUUCUUAAAACCAAUGGAUUCCCUCAACAAAAAAGGGAAGAUGACCCCAAAUUUUAACACCACUCCUCCUAAAACCAUAAACGACAUGGUUACGGACCAAAUGUGUAACAAUCCAUGUUGUUUCUUUUGUAUCAUGAAAGAACCAGACACAUCUUUAAGAAGGUCUUGUUUAGCAACUUGUUUCAAUGAAAUGUCAGUUAUCAAUAGAGAUGACCAACAACAUGUUUUGGUGUUAAGUGGUUUGUGGAACAUAGCAAUGGCACAACCAGAUGAUCCUGAGUUUAUAUCCCUUGGUAUCUUUGAUUGCAUGGUGAGUUUACUCGAGAAAGGAACCAAUGAUAGAAGCUGGUUAUUUAGGGGUCAAAACAUUUACAUCCCUUACUAUACAGCUCAUGUUAUUGGUUCUUAUACUAUGAACAAGGUUGAGUUUGCAGAGAAAGCUGUAGUUGCUGGUGUUAUACCUCCAUUAAUGGAGCUUUUAAGAGGGAAGAUAAGUUGGGUUGAACAAAGAGUAGCUGUUCGAGCUCUUGGUCACCUUGCAAGCUAUGAAAGAACAUUUGAAGCUGUAGCUGCUUAUGAAGAAGAACUGGUGAGACUCACAAUGAACUUAGCUUCAACUUGUCUUGAUCAAGUGUAUACUAAGUUCGUUGGUGUUAAAGAUGAGAACAAAAGAUCAAAAUAUCAUUGUGAUUUGCUUACAAGAGGUGUUGGUGGUUUGGAAAUGGAGAACCGAAAAGCUGAAGAAUGGGCUAGCCAGUUACAGUGUUGGUCUUUGUACCUACUCAACUGUUUUGCUUGUAAAGAAAGAUCAUUGAACCUUAUUUGUAACCAAGGGUUCUUGGUUGAUUUAUGUGGGAUGUGGGGUGGAUUAGUGAACCAUUCAUCACCAGCUGGUGUGGGAUUGAUUAGAAUCUUGUGUUACAGCAAAUAUGGAAGACAAAGCAUCUCUGAAUCAAAACAAGUGUUGGAGAAUCUUUGUCAUCUUUCUAGAUCAUCAGAUGAUUGGCAAUACAUGGGGAUUGAUUGUCUGUUAUUGCUUCUCAAAGACAUAGAUACAAGGUACAAGGUUAUUGAGAUUGUCACCAUGUUUCUCAUCGAUUUAGUUGAACUCAAAAGCCUUGGUGAUAGAUCAAACUUGGGUGAAACCAUUACAAAAACCCUUCUUUUGGAUUAUAAACAAAGCAAAUUUAGAAUCAAGAAUAGCCAUGUCUUAAAAGCUCUGCAACAAACAUGGGAGUUGAAAGUAGAAAGAAGAAAGAGAGAAAAAACCAUGUCAGUUGAAAAAUUAGAAGAAAAAAGGGUGUUAGUGAACCUUAUAAAACAACAAGCUAACCAUGUGUUUUGGUUAGGUGAUGUAGAGGAAGCCAUAAAGAUGUAUAAUGAAGCCUUGGAUACAUGUCCUUUGAAGCUUCGUAAAGAAAGAAUGGUACUUUAUAGCAAUAGAGCUCAAUGUUAUUUACUACUUAGAGACCCUGAUGCUGCCAUUAGAGACUCAACUCGAGCUCUUUGUCUCUCUAACCCUACUAAUUCUCAUGGUAAAAGCUUAUGGAGAAGAUCACAAGCUUAUGAUAUGAAAGGGUUAGCUAAAGAGAGCUUAAUGGAUUGUAUAAUGUUCAUCAACUCAGUAACCACUACCACCACCAACAAGCGUGUGAAGAUCCCAUACUAUGCAGCUCGUAUGAUCAGCAAACAGAUGGAAGCCACGUGGUUGUUUGUCAAUGCGAAGUCCAAGUUCACCAGAUCAGACGAUGAUUAUGAGAUAAGUAGCAAUGAAGAUGAUCAUCAGCUAGAAUGUGAUGAAAUGAUGAGGCAAAUGAUGAUGAUGAUGAUGGAGAAGAAAAGUAUAGCAUCUGGUCUGUCCACCAUAAUUGAAGAACCUUUGAUUGCAAAGGGAAAAAAUUGGAGAGAGAUGGAAAGAGCAAGAAGGAGAAACAAAACAGCUUUUAAUGUCAUGGCUCGAUCAAUGUAAUAAACCACAGACUUAUAUAUAUAUCAUCAGUACUUCAUGUUGCAUUAAAGCAAUGAUGUAUUUGAUUCAGACACUGAAAAUGGAUUAGUCUUUUGAGUCAGACAA